AUGAAAAGAAGACGGUUACUUGGGAAAAAGAAAAAUGAAACUCUAAGGACGAUGACGAUAAGGAACUUUUUUAAUGAUGCGUGUUCUCCGAUUACCACCGUCCACCGACCUUUCUACCUCCAUGCGCCACCUCAUCACCUUCUUCAACUGCCACGUUCCGAUUCCUCUGAGAUGGAGAUCAUAAACGGAGGGUUGAACAACGGCGAUCUCCGUGGUAAUUCCGAUGUUGACGAUGACAGUGGUGACCUGGUUGUGGAUAUCUACCCUCUUAGUAGUUAUUACUUCAGUUCAAAACCUGCUGUUGCAUCCAAGGAGGAGAACGAAACCUUAGCUGAUCGCGCACAACGUUUGAAAUCCAAUUAUGAUGCUCAUGGCAUGAGGAUUUGUGUGGAUGCAGUGAUUUUGGUUGAAUUGUUCAAGCAUCCUCAUCUGUUGUUGCUCCAAUCUAAAAACUGCAUCUAUAAACUUCCUGGUGGCCGAUUAAGAUCCGAUGAAUCAGAAAUUGAUGGCCUAAAGCGAAAGCUUUCCAACAAGCUAUCUGCUGAUGAUGAUGAUAGCUAUCGAAAUCAAUGGAAUGUUGGUGAGUGUAUUGGAACAUGGUGGAAAUCUGAUUUCGAAACAAUUCCUUACCCGUAUAUACCUGCAAGCGGCAAGAACCCUAAGGAGUGUAUUAAGCUUUACAUUGUGAAGUUGCCAUCGAGUAAGGACUUCAUUGUGCCAAAAAAUUUGAAGUUACUAGCUGUUCCAUUGUGUCAGCUUCAUGAAAAUCGAAAGACGUAUGGAUCGAUAAUAGCAGGGAUUCCGGAGUUGCUUUCAAGGUUUUCUAUCAACAUUCUAGAUACUUGAAAUAUCAUAGGCUACACAUGUAUAAAUAUUUAAAUAUAAAAAGGAAAGGACAUUUGUAUAUAUGACUAUGUGUAUGU